AUGAAGGAAAAAAAUCCACGCGAAAAUAAAUUCACAUCAAUGGCUUUCACCCUCCAAAUUAUACCCCAACUGGUUUUUAUUUCAAAAUUCAUGAAUUCCAAUCAUGUAAAAUUUCUUUUAACGAUGAUGAACUUGAAAGAUACUGAAAUUAUCAAAACCAAAUUAAAUGUUUUUAUUUCAAACUCAAAAACUCACAAGUUGAAUAUUUAUGAAGUGAAGGAAGUUGAAUUUGUUGUUGCUAUAACAGAUUGUUUAUGUGGAUUAAAUUGCAAAGUAAACAUCACUAUAUUUCGGCCCGAAGCGAGUGUUUCAUCUAAGCAGUCGGCUGGUCUUGAAAUUCCUUUGCAUCAAAUUGAUAUUCGUAUCAAGGCGAGCAAUGAGAAUGCAAAGACUAAGAACGCUGCUGAAAAUGGAACACUUGCAAUGCGGCCGUUCCCAUGGGUUUACCGCACUACAAAUGAAACUCUGGGAGUUGGUUGUCUUUGUCAUUGA